CCCUCCAACAUGGCGGCGGCGGUAGAUUAGGGCCGCGGGUCGGAGCAGCCACCGCCGCUGGGGGACCCUGUCGGAAACACCUGCCGCCGCCGCCGCCUCUGUCAUCUCUUCUGGGGCUGGGGCCAGGGCCAGGUUUUACACAUCUGUAAAUAGACUUUUUUGGAGCCCUGCCAGCCAACUCAAUGGCGUCCUCUACUACUGUGCCUCUAGGAUUUCACUAUGAAACAAAGUAUGUUGUUCUCAGCUACUUGGGACUCCUCUCUCAGGAGAAGCUGCAAGAGCAACACCCUUCCUCACCCCAAGGGGUUCAACCAGAUGUAGCUUCUCAAUCUCUGGGUCAAGAAGUUUUAUUAAAAGUUAAAACUGAAAUAGAAGAAGAGCUAAAAUCCUUGGACAAAGAAAUUUCUGAAGCCUUCACCAGCACAGGCUUUGACCGUCACACUUCUCCAGUAUUUAGCCCUGCUAACCCAGAAAGCUCAGUAGAGGACUGCUUGGCUCAUCUGGGAGAAAAAGUGUCUCAGGAACUGAAAGAGCCCCUGCAUAAAGCCUUGCAAAAGCUCCUCAGCCAGCCAGUGACAUAUCAGGCAUAUCGGGAAUGUACUCUGGAGACCACAGUUCAUGCCAGCGGCUGGAAUAAGAUUUUGGUGCCUCUGGUUUUGCUACAACAAAUGCUUUUGGAGUUGACCAGACGUGGUCAAGAACCUUUGCAUUCAUUGCUGCAGUUUGGUGUGACGUAUCUGGAGGACUGUGCAGCAGAGUACAUCAUUCAGCAAGGUGGCUGGGGCACGGUCUUUAAUCUUGAGCCAGAGGAGGAAUACCCUGGAAUCACAGCGGAAGACAGCAAUGACAUUUAUAUCCUGCCCAGUGACAACUCUGGACAAAUCAGUCCCCCAGAGUCUCCGACUGUGACCACUUCUUGGCAGUCAGAGAGCUUACCUGUUUCACUGUCAGCCAGUCAGAGUUGGCACACAGAGAGCCUGCCAGUGUCCCUCGGUCCUGAGUCCUGGCAGCAGAUCGCCAUGGAUCCUGAAGAAGUCAAGAGCUUAGAUAGUAAUGGGGCUGGAGAGAAGAGUGAGAACAACUCUUCCAAUUCUGACAUUGUGCAUGUGGAGAAAGAAGAGAUACCUGAAGGCAUGGAAGAGGCUGCUGCGGCUUCUAUGGUCUUGUCAACCAGGGAGCUGCAAGAAGCAUUCCCUGACGCACCAGCUUCCUUGCUUCCACAUAUCACUGCCACAUCCUUGCUGGAGACAAGGGACCCCGACACAGAAAUUAUUGCAGUUGAGAAAGUGAGCCCUCCCACAUCUUUGUUCAUAGAAAUUGAUGAAGAAGAGGUGAAAGCAGCAACAACUGAGCCUGUUGAACUGGAGGAGGUAGUGAUCCCUGCCCUGGAGCCCAUGAAAAAGCUGCUGCGUGAAGAGGGGGUAACUACAAGGAAAAAGAGUGUGAUGGAAGGGCCCGCCCCUGCUGGCGAAGAGAAGGCUGUGCCCUUUGCUGAGGGCAAGUCUGUUCUGCUGUUUGGAGGGGCUGCUGCUGUGGCCCUCCUGGCUAUGGCAGUUGGAGUAGCACUGGCUCUGAGAAAGAAGUAGAUUGUCCGGGAGAGGAGGAAGACAACAAGAUGUAAGGUUUUAGUUGUAUUGACUGAAUUUGAACCGCCAGCAGCUCAUUGGACAUUGGUGCAACUCUGGGAUAAUUGGGGGCUUCUGUUCAACACAGCAGAUCCCCAUUCUAGGGCUUGAGGUAGAGGGUGUUUGUCUGAUUCUAAGUUCCAAGGGCCUUGACUCAUGCUAGAUUCAGAAUCUUAGGAGCAAAGUACUCCCUCUAGAACAGGGUUUCUCAACGUUGGCAUUAAUGACAUCUUGACAAUUCUUUGUUGUAGGAGACUGGCCUGUGUUGUAGGGUGUUUAGCAACAGCCCUGGCCUCACCCUCUUAAUACCAGUAGCACCCUUCCCCCAGUUGUGACAAUGAGAAAUGUCUCCCGACCUUGCCAAAUGUCCCCGAGGGUAAAGUUAUUCCCGGUUGAGAUCCACUUUAGUGGGAGGGUCAGUUUGGAAGGAUCUGGGAUGGAAACUCCCGGAGGGCUUAGCUGGGCAUGCCCCGGCUGCUGAUCGUUCCUGCCCUGCCUUUGGAAUUUCAUCUUUAUUGAUGAAUCUGCUGUUUUGUAGCCUCCUUUUGGGCUCUUCUUUUCUUCCCACCUUCCUAGUCCUGUAGUGUGAGGGUGCUCUCCCUUUCUGUCACAGCUGCCUCUCAGGUACUGCACUCCCUCUUCACCCCCAGGUUCCUUCGGACACCCCAUGGGAGGGUGCUUGCUCUGCGCCCAUUAAGCCCCUGACACUUCCUACAGCUCCCCUUGUAAAGAUGCUGCCUUUAGUAAUCUUAAAAAGUGUAAGAGACCUAGGGCUCCCUGCCGUUGAGUGCAAAGGCCAAGUAACCGGCUAGAGAGAUUUCUCUUUCAGAAACAGGCAGAUGGCCUAGGGGACCUAGGUCCAGCCUUUUGUUGUGGCCACCCAGCUGCCCAUAUGAUUACCUGUUGGCAGCACCUGUUGCUGGACGGCCACCGUCUCUAACCAGGGCUUGUAUGUUAACCCGGUACCUGGCGUCAGUCUUCUUACUCCAUUAAGAAGUCAACCAGCUCCUGCGGUCUCUUGCCAUGUGGUGAGGAUUUGCAUACUAGGGCUCACAGACCAACUGAAUCAUAAAUCUUAAUGAAUAUAGAAAAGCUCCUUAAAUAUCACUGAAAUAAAAAAAAAAUAGGAAAAGUUAAACUUGAAUUUCUCAAAACUACCCUCAAGAUUCUAGUUUGGCUUUCAGAGUUCAAGAAUGGAGGCUUCUGCACUGAACUCUUCACAGUCCAAAUGCCAGAGUGAUAAACCAAAAACGAUCUAAUCAGUAUGUGCUAGUUGAGAAUCAGCAGCGUUUUCUUUCCUGUGGUUGAUCCCACCCCUGUAGGGGAACGGGGCUGUGUCUGUUCAUGGCUGAGGAUCAGCGUCACUGCAGGACACAUGCUCGACACAAGUCAUCUCAGAUUUCUCUUAGUCUAUGUAACAUUACUUUUUAGAUCCUGAAAUUUGUAAUAAAAUUACAUUACCUACCUGGGUCACCAAAACAUGAUGUUUUAAAUGUGCUUUCUUUUUGAAAUUUAUUUUUUUAAAGUAACCCCCCCCCCCCAAAAGCAAUCAGUUUAAAAGUUGGUCGAGAAAAGACCUGAAGUGUGUUUGUGGGUUUAGCAUUAUCGUGCAGUCUGUCUUCAUGUCCAGAGUUCUAGAGUCCCGCCGAGGAAGCAAUGUUUUGAAGGGUUUUGGUGCAACUUGAUUAAUACAACGAGAGGGUUUUUUUCCUCCUUGGGCUGGAUUUUAUUCAUGAUACUGGAUUUUAUUCUGUAUUUGAACUGCUACAUUUAUGUUUGCAUAGGGUAAGAGCAAACCGGUGAGUUAAGUUUUAAUUUUUCCCCCUUUCAUAAUAAAAUAUUUUCCUUUCGGUGUUCACACUUUUACACUCACAAUCUUCAAAUCCAUUGACUAUAUACAUUUUAAGUAUGAACAGAAAUCAGGUUCAUUUCUGAGCUGCUAAAAGGAGGUCUGUGGUGUAGGAUAGUUGGGUCUGUGUUCUCCAGAAAAGGAGAGAGGACGCGUGAGGUGCUGCCGCUUCAGUGCUGCUUUAUUUUCCCACCUGUUGAACGCUAAUCUGAAGUGAUUUGGCCAGUUGCAGUUUGCUGGGUAAUGGUAAAUAGCUCUCAACCACCGGCUUUCUCUAGAAUGAACUGUUACUAGUUUCUGAGUAAUAGUGUCCUGUCUCUUCACUUCCUUAUCCUCUGCCUCUGGCAGUGGAAGAAAACAGCCCUAUUAAUGACUGCUUCUUACAGCAGCUCUUAUUUUCUGCUAUUAUAUUUUCUAAAUCUCUCUCAACCCACCCCCAUGUUUUGGUGGGGGCUGGAAGUAGGAAGCCAUUCUUUCUUGCUCCCUUAGAUACUUAUACAGAACAUCUACAUUUAAGGUAAGGGAGGAUUCGAAAUAAAUCCCACUUGUUUUUGGAAUUCAAAUGCAGGAUUGAGACUGUCGCCUUGUUAUUGCUCAUUCUCUGAAGAAAAGUGUUUGCUAGGAAGUCUUCUGGAACUCUUAACUGUUUUCUGGAACAUAAUGCUUUCUGAUCACUUGGCAAAAAACCAGUGAAGGUUUUAUGAGAAAAACAAUUAAAGAAUGCCAAUGUAUUCUCUCUGUAUUACAAUGGAACCAUUGUGGGCCCACAAAAAUCAGUCAAUAUCUAGUGUGCCUUAGGGGGACUCUCCUGAUGAUUACCGCUCUCCAGAAAGCUUUGUAGAUAAAAACAACUGUUACCAUCUGUAAGGGCAGGACUGGGCCACUGAGCAGGUUUUCUGAUCCAGCAGACCGGGGUAAAGGAGGAGAGAGUCCUGGAGCCCUCAGUGGCUUUUCAGGCUUUUAUUGGGAUUUACCGGGUACAUGGCAGAUAGGGGUGCUGGGGGGCCGGGAGGCUAGCAGGCCUCCCAACUCCCAGCAAAUUUUCACUCUAUCUGGGCUCUCUGGCCUUCUCUCUCUCUCUCUCUCUCUCUCUCUCUCUCUCUCGGCUUCUGUUCUGCUUCUUUCUCGGCUUCUUGUUCUGCUUCUCCUGGCAUCCCCAUGAUGCCGCCCUUAAAAGCCCAGUCUUAGCCCAGGUGAAUCCCAUCUACCUAUGCCCACACCCCACUCCAGGUGCCCGCCAUCAGGCAUGCAUUCAGGACCGCAGAUUCGUCAUCCAUCCUGAUGGCGGGAGGGCAGAAAAGCCUGAUACUUUUACCUUACCCUACAGUCCACCCCCUCAGGGUUUUCUGCCAGACAGUCUAAACAUCAUGUACAUUUCUCGGCAAUAGAACACUGCAGCCAUGGCCCACAAAAGCAAAUGAAAUAUAUAACAAUACAACAGAACACAAAUAAGUCCAGGCAGGACACCAACCUAGUGCAAAAGACAAUUACUGGCACCAGCAGAUGAGCCACCAAAUCUGCUGCCGAAGGCACUGCUCAUACGAGGGAGGGGAUCUACUGUCACACACCAGGAGCCGUCAGGCUUCCUGGCCUUCUCUGGCUGUGGUCUCGGCUACAAGCCACACACCGCAUCCACCCCCAGGAUGCACUAGCUCUGGGACUGGCGCUUCUAUUCUACUGUUGGGGGUAAUUGCCAACCCUCAGGGUUUCUGUCUGCGGUCGCUCCAACACUCGGCCUUCACAGCCACCCAUGCCACACACAGACCCCUGCACUCAGGCCAACCCACAGCACACGCACAUGGGUCGGGAUCCAAACUUUACAUGCGGCCUCUCUUGGGUCCCCUCUUCGGCUUGGGCUCCACCCCAAGCCACGUUCCCCACCCAUCCCCCAAGGACGGGUUCCUCACAUCCUCACCCUCACUCGACAACGAGCAGGGCGUCACCCACAGGCGAUUUUACGAGACUCACUGGCCUUCCUCAGCUUAAUUAGUCCUUAACAGCCACUCAGGGCUUCCCAAACUUAGCAUCAGCACCAGCUUUUGCCUUCUCAGUGCGCUUUUCUCCUCCGCCUGGCUGCUGGGCAUACACAGGCUACUUUUGGCCAUCAAGGCCCACUGGCCACCCCCAGAUUCCCAUCUCCUGGGGUGUACAAACAAUAGCAUCCUCCCCCAGGGUCCCAAAAACUUAACUUGCCAAAGUUCCUCCUCCUUCUGGCGGGAUUGUCAGUCCAUGUCCAUCAGUCUAGGUCCAUCAGGCCUCUCCCUGCAUCAGCACUGGCGAGCUCUGAACCGGGUUCCUCUCUUCCCCGACGAUUCUUGCUGCCUCGGGGGUCGUUGGCUGGUCCUCCCGGGCGUCUCCUCCACGCGAGUUCUCGUCCCGCAGCUCCCGGACCUUGUCUGUCUCCUGUGCCGCCAUGACGCCUCCAGCGUCGUCACAGGCACACACAGUCUGUUACUCCUCAGUCCCUCCAGGUCUUCAGAGGGCUCCAUACCCGUCUGCAUGGAUCAUCCUGCCGACUUACGCCAAUUGUAAGGGCAGGACUGGGCCACUGAGCAGGUUUUCUGAUCCUGCAGACCGGGGUAAAAGAGGAGAGAGUCCUGGAGCCCUCAGUGGCUUUUCAGGCUUUUAUUGGGAUUUACAGGUAGGGGUGCUGGGGGGCCGGGAGGCUGGCAGGCCUCCCAACCCCCAGCAAGUCUUCACUCUAUCUGGGCUCUCCGGCCUUCUCUCUCUCGGCUUCUGUUCUGCUCUGCUUCUUUCUCAGCUUCUCAUUCUGCUUCUGCUGGUGUCCCCAUGACGCCGCCCUUACAAGCCCAGUCUCAGCCCAGGUGAAUCCCAUCUACCUAGGCCCACACCCUCCUCCAGGUGCCCGCCAUCAGGCAUGCAUUCAGGGCCGCAAGGAUCCAUCAUCUAUCCUGAUGGCGGGAGGGCGGAAAAGCCUGAUACUUUUACCUCACCCUACACCAUCAGCUUCACAUGUUCGCCACCCGAGGGCAUCCUCGGGGUCCCCUCUCACCUGUUUCAGUCCCUUCUCUUAAAUCAAGUGCAGCCACUACCUAGAUUUGUCCCGAGCAGGAUAAGCAGUGAAUCCAGGGGCAUGUUUUGAAGCACAGCAGCCAUUAACUUCCCAUAGAAAUCAUUCCCUCAGCCUUUGUGCUAACUUCCUCCGACAAUGUAGAAAGACAUGCCCGCUCCCUGCCUUCUCCCCUGCGGGCACAAUAUGUGGACAAAUGUCAUGCUCAUAGAAUUUUAACAUUGAGAUAUUUCGUAGUAUUAAAAGGUAUUAUAGGCAAGAAGUUCUUUCUCAUUCUUUUUACUCAGACUUUUAAUAAAUUUGUAGUAAUUUUCAUCAAGAGGACCUGUAGGUUUUCUGGUUACUUAAGAAAAACAGCUUCUACUUUUUGAAGAGAAAUAGCUUCUACCUUUUGAACUAAUUCCUCACACGCUCUCACUUCAAGUAUUAGCAACACAACUGAUGACAGAAAAAUGUUUCCUCUUCUCAAGAGGACCAAGCUCUGCUGUUAGCUUCCCGCUAAGCUGCUCAUCACUGAGGAGGCCCCUCUGUGUGGGUUGUUAGGAUGCAUCUUUUUUCCAUGAGAGAAUAUAAUUUUCCCUAAAGUGUGAGUAAUAGCAACUUUAGCAAAUGUUGAGUAUUUACAAUACGCCAGAGAUUGUUCUCAUGCCCUGACAUACUGUUUCACCUUCAGAGUUCUGGUAGCUUCACACUCCUCUUAUUCACAUUUUAUAGACCACAGCAACCUAACCAGAGUUCAAAAACUUUUCUAAUGUGUUCUAGCAUAUGAGAGACAAGGCAGUGGUUUGAAUUUUUGAUUCCAAGUCUGGGGCUUUUAUCUGUUUUUAUCACUUUUCUGGUCCCACAGAGCAGCAGCGACAGGCUCUCUGCAAGCUGUGAGGUGAGCCCCGCGCCCUGAAGAGGGGAGCCUUCUUCUCCCUCGCGCACAGCCUAACUCGCGAGCAUGUUCUAUUACAGGUGCAUAAGAGUGACAUGAGGGCCAGGAUGGUUCCCAACUUGUAAUUGUACUGGACAGUUUUCUCUUCAAAUACUGAAUGAGACGUGUCAUGGUUAAAUACACAGUUAUCACUGGAGUAGCUCUUGCAUUCCCUUCUUAAUGUUAAAUAUGUCUGCAAGUGCACAAGGCUCAUCUGACACAGGAGUUACUGCCAAAUAGUUCGCAAGUAUCACUACAACCUUUUUCUCUUCCCUUCUGCCUUGCCUGUGCCACAGCUUGAGUGUGAAGGGGGGCAAGCGAUAGGCAUGGCUUGCCCUCAGGCCCUCGGAGGUCACCACCUCAGCCAGGAAGACUGACCAGCAUGCCUUGCUGGUAAAAAACCCCCCAUUCUCACAGUGUGCUGGGGAGCACGGAAUACUGGCGGCUUAAAAUCCAGUCACUAUUUUUCAGUUACCUUAUAUUCAGAGCUCCAUGGAGAGUUGGAAACUGUCAUGGUAAUAAAAUAUUAGUACAUUCUUCCGUACACAUCACUCAACACCCCACUCCCACCUCUGCUUGCCACAUUCCCCUGAAUUGAAAGCAUCAGGGUCUUCCCCAUGUUUGUUUACAAGACAGGGGCCCUCACCAGGCGGCUGCUUCACUGUCAGCUCAGGUUGGAAUUGUUCUCAGGGAUAGUCGCAAGGCCUUUUCAGUCAAAAGGAGCAGCUGGCUCAAGGGGACUUGGCCCUGUUCUCACCUCUCCUAAGGGGAAAUUUUAUAGUGAUAUCACUCACCUCAGUGUGUUCUUUGCACCGAGAACAAACUGGUUAUUUAGCACAAAUUUUGAUUUAAAGUUACUGGUUUGUUGCCUCCUUCAGGAAUAAAAGGAAGCUGAAGUACAGUUUUCCCUGUUGCAGAGUCUGGAAUAACUUGGAUGGUUCCUAGUGAUUUCUAGCAAGAGAAUUGUAUUAUAUAGGUCAGUCCUUGGCGGGCACCAAAGGAAAAGAUAACAUUUUUCCCGGAACUGUGAUCUUCCUGCUAAUGUAGUCUUCCAUUUCGUUCUUCCUUCAAAUUAAAAGUGCCUCUUUCUACCUAACUCAUUCCUUGAACUGAGUUCAAUGCGUGACUGGUUUUGAUGCCCUCAUCUCCUCAAAAUGACUGGAAUUAAGCGACAAUUCUGGUAACGAGGUUAACAUGUUUGGCCUAAGCAGCAUGUAUUUCCUUUUUCAAAGUGAAGUUCCGGCAGGCACCCUCGCUACACUGACUCAUCGUGGCUUAUUCUGGUGCCCCACCCCCUCCCGCCCCUCCUGUUUCUACCUUUUGGCUCAUCUGCUCUUCAUCAGGAGAAAGGAACAAAGCCUCCAUCUAUAAAUUGUGCUUUCUGCUAGAAGCAAUGUGUUGAGGAGAACACGCCGCAGGUUGUAAUAAAAUGAGAUCUGAAGAUAAUCA